AAAAAAGUAAAAAAAAAAUUUUUUAAAAAUCAAAAAGGCAAGUUUUCACUUUAUAUAACCACAUUCACUUACGCCAUCGCCGCCGCCGCUGUCAAUGUCAUCGCCAUCAACUUCACCGCCGUCACCUCCGACACCGCUGAUUCCGAACGUCACAACAAGUUUUCCGUUAUUUCCGCCGCCAAAUGCGAGUUCUAUAAACUCCGAACCGAAUCAGUCACCGCCGGGUAAAACCGGAUCCAAAAGUAACCCGACAUUAGUUGCCCUUGGUGUUGGUAUAGGCAUAGGCGGUGCGGUUGUGCUUGUUUUCGUAUGUAUAUUUGCUGUUUGGUAUAAGCGACGUAAACGACGUCGUUUUGGUGGAUUGCUUGAUCAUCCUUCAGGGUUUAAAAAAGCUGAAUUUGGGAGUCAACCUCAAAACUGGAAACACAACGCUUCUUCAUCAAAGGAAAGUAAGAACGGAUUGCUACCAAUUGCCACUAGUUCACCGGGUGAUGCUUCUAAUUUGCAGCUAUUCUCAUUGGGUUCUUCAGCCCCCCCUGCACCACAUUCAACAAGCAGUACUAAUUCCGAGAAGCCAUAUUCACAAUCCACCACAAACAUGGGAUUUGGAAAUGGAAAAACUGUAUUUAAAAUUGAAGAUUUAGCAAAUGCAACCGAAGGUUUCUCGAAUGCUAAUCUCCUUGGUCAAGGUGGUUUUGGGUAUGUCCAUAAAGGAGUUCUUCCAAGUGGCGAGAAGGUUGCCAUUAAGCAGCUGAAAAUUGGAAGUGGACAAGGGGAACGUGAAUUUCAGGCUGAAGUUGCUACGAUUAGUCGUGUUCAUCACAAGCACCUGGUUUCACUAGUUGGUUACUGCACUUAUGGGCUUCAGAGAAUGCUGGUAUAUGAGUUUGUCCCAAACAACACCUUGGAGUUCCAUUUACAUGGAGACGGACACGAUCUUCUAAACUUUGAUAUGCGAAUGAAAAUUGCUCUAGGAUCUGCGAAAGGAUUGGCAUAUUUGCACGAGGACUGUCAACCCAAGAUCAUUCAUCGAGAUAUCAAAUCUGCAAAUAUACUUCUUGAUACCAAUUAUGAACCAAAGGUUGCGGAUUUCGGACUCGCUAGAUUCACUGCUGAUACAGAUACUCAUGUUUCCACCCGUGUUAUGGGAACUUUUGGUUAUUUAGCUCCAGAGUAUGCCCUUACUGGGAAGUUGACAGAGAAAUCGGAUGUGUUUUCUUUUGGUGUUAUGCUUCUAGAGUUGAUUACUGGUCGCCGUCCCAUAGAUAAAGCACAAUUUUUGGAUGAUAAUAUUGUUGACUGGGCAAGGCCAUUGCUCUCUCAAGCUUUGGAUGACGGAAACUUUAGCCUACUAGUUGAUGCAAGGUUGCAAAAUAAUUAUGACCCUACUGAAAUGUCUCGAUUGAUUGCCUGUGCUGCUGUUUCUGUACGCCAUCUGGCUCGACGAAGGCCAUCAAUGAGCCAGAUAGCUAGAGCAUUAGAAGGAAACCUGCCGCUCGAGGAUUUGGAUGAGUGUAUCAAACCUGGACACAGCAAGUUAAAUGGUUCUCAUGAUAGUGCGGAUUUCGACACUGCCCAGUACAGAGAAGAGCUGAGGAAGUUUCAAAAAAUGGCAUUUGGAAGCCAAAACAACUCUAGCGGAUGGACUGCACCCACCAGCAAUUUUGGUCAGCGGCCGUCAGGAUCUAGCAGCGAGGGCCUAACAACAAAUUUAGGCUCAAGUGGGGGAGUUCAUCAAAUACCAAUUGAAUGAGUAGGUGGAUGCUGCACCAUAUUGUAGGGGUAUAUAGAGAUACUUAACGAAGAGAAUCCGUAAAAACAAAACAGAUUGUUACAUUUUGUAGCAAAGAUUGCAUCAAGUUUAUAUGGUUAUCAAAGUGCAUAGGCAGAUUUUGUAGGAAGCUUGUGUUUAUAUAGAGGUUUAUCAAUGUACAGAACGACCAAAGUCGUGUUGAUGGCUUGUUUUGUUUGUUGAACUAGGUAUUUGGGACCAAGAUGAUUUGGUUUGUUA